UUUCAUUAUUUGUUAGGUUUUCUUAAUAUUUUAUAGAUGAUCUCUAUCUUUAAAAGCUACAAAAGCUUCCAUAAACCAAACUCGCACCUCCAAGCCAUCCUAAAUAGUUCCUUUUUCAAAACCUUAAAAUAAAUUCUUCUUCAUCAAGUUUAUAUAGAUUAGCAAAAGCUUAUGCUAAUCAAUACACCUUUGGCCACACAAACCUUUGCUUUUUUUUUUUUUAUAUGAUCAUUUAUGCAUCCAAUCUUAAUCUAGUCUCCAAAUAUCUAGUAACUUUUUCUAUUUAUUUGAAGAUUGCUUCUUAUUUUUAAGCAAGUUGAAGCUUGGUAGAAAUCUGCAUUUCAUCAUCUUGAUUUUACCUCAAACUCUUGGUGAUCUAUUGAACCUACUAGCAUGUUCAAUUAAGUAUUUCCUACCUCUUAUGUUUUUCAAAUAUUAAGCAUUUGACAUAACUUAUUUAUGAUCAUUCAUCAUGUAGGCUUAAGUAUGCAUGAUGCUUUAUUUAAAUUAAAGAUAUAAAUCAACAUGUAGUUUUAUCUAUAGGUUUGCAUUAAACAUGUAAAUAUGUUAGGAUUUAUUUUUGAGUUUAUUAUGACCGAUUGUAUGAUUUGUUUGUUUCUGUUUUAAGCAUGCUAUGUUGAAAGCAUGAUUAGGGUUUGAUUCAAGCAUGUUUCAUGUUAUGGAGGCAAUUAAUAACUUAAUCCAUCAAAUUGCAUAAAAAACAAUAAAAUUUAACAUUAAACUUGAUACAUUAAAAUUUAGGGUGAGGGAACCAGGAUAAAUUUCUGUGCAUAGCCCGGCUCAAAUCGGGCCUCAACCACGGGUGUGACGGGCGACGGGAUCCAUAAACAGGUUUAAGCAGCAGCGACUUGCUCGACCUUGCUUACUACAGUGUCCACACUUACUCCAUUUCUAAUCCCAGGGUUUAUACCGUAUACUCCAUUUCCUCUCCCAUGACGUUUCUCUCAUGAAAAUGAAACACUUGAAGGUUUCCCUUAUUUUCCUCAUAUUUUUGGCUUCCCAAACAGUCCACUCCUGGAAAAAAGACGAGUUUCGAAACUGCAACCAGACCCCUUUCUGCAAGCGAGCUCGAUCACGCAAACCCGGGGCCUGCACUCUAAUAGCCCACGAUGUCUCCAUCUCCGAUGGUGACCUCACUGCCAAGCUCAUCCCCAGAGCUCCACAUGAUCAAGAUCAAAUCAAGCCGUUGACUCUCUCUCUUUCAGCCUACCAAGAUGGGAUCAUGCGGCUCAAGAUCGACGAAGAUCCCUCGUUGGACCCCUCCAAGAAACGGUUCCAAGUCCCCGAUGUUGUUAUCCCUGAAUUCGAGACCAAAAAGCUUUGGUUACAGAGCGCUUCGACGGAGAAAAUCAACGGCGAUGAUGGGAGUUUGUCUUCCGUGGUCUACUUAUCGGACGGCUAUGAGGCGGUUCUCAGGCACGAUCCAUUUGAGGUUUACGUUAGGGAUAAAGCAGGUAAGCGACGCGUAAUUUCAUUGAAUUCACAUGGGUUAUUUGAUUUCGAACAAUUGAGAGUGAAAAAGGGGGAUGAGGAUUGGGAAGAAAGGUUUAGAGGGCAUACUGAUACGAGGCCAUAUGGUCCACAGUCUAUUAGUUUCGAUGUUUCGUUUUAUGGGUCUGAUUUUGUCUAUGGAAUACCGGAACAUGCAACUAGUUUUGCUCUUAAACCCACUAGAGGACCUGGAGUUGAGGAAUCUGAGCCAUAUAGAUUGUUUAACUUGGAUGUUUUUGAGUAUGUUCACGAUUCACCUUUUGGGAUUUAUGGUUCUAUUCCGUUCAUGGUAUCACAUGGGAAAUCCGGAAAAAGUUCUGGGUUUUUCUGGUUGAAUGCUGCAGAGAUGCAGAUUGAUGUAUUGGCGAAUGGUUGGGAUGCGGAAGAUGGGAUUUUGAUGCCCACCAAGCAGGGUCGCAUUGAUACCUUUUGGAUGAGUGAGGCAGGGAUUGUGGAUACGUUCUUUUUUGUUGGACUGGGACCAAAGGAUGUUGUUAAGCAAUACAUGAGUGUGACAGGUCUCCCAGCAAUGCCGCAGCUGUUUGCCACGGCAUAUCAUCAGUGUCGGUGGAAUUACCGGGAUGAAGAGGAUGUAGAGAAUGUGGAUUCCAAGUUUGAUGAGCAUGAUAUUCCAUAUGAUGUUUUGUGGCUUGAUAUUGACCAUACUGAUGGAAGGAGGUAUUUCACAUGGGACAAGUUGCUGUUCCCACAUCCAGAUGAGAUGCAAAGGAAGCUGGCGGCCAAAGGUAGGCAUAUGGUAACAAUUGUAGAUCCACAUAUCAAGCGGGAUAACUCAUUUCACUUGCACAAGGAUGCUACGCGGAGGGGGUAUUAUGUUAAGGAUGCAACUGGCAAGGAUUAUGAUGGUUGGUGUUGGCCAGGUUCCUCCUCGUAUCCAGAUAUGUUGAACCCUGAGAUUAGGUCAUGGUGGGGUGAGAAGUUUUCUUAUGAGAAUUAUAUUGGUUCAACUCCUUCAUUGUACAUUUGGAAUGACAUGAAUGAGCCUUCUGUGUUUAAUGGACCAGAGGUGACAAUGCCCAGAGACGCUUUACAUCUUGGGGGAGUAGAACACCGGGAGUUACAUAAUGCCUAUGGUUAUUACUUCCACAUGGCAACAGCUGACGGUCUUGUAAAGCGUGGAGAUGGUGAAGACAGACCUUUUGUUUUAUCCAGAGCAUUCUUUGCUGGAAGUCAAAGACAUGGAGCAGUCUGGACUGGCGAUAAUUCGGCAGAUUGGGAUCACCUCAGGGUUUCAGUCCCUAUGAUUUUGACACUUGGUCUUACUGGAAUGUCAUUUUCUGGUGCUGAUGUUGGUGGAUAUUUUGGCAAUCCUGAGCCUGAGCUAUUAGUCCGUUGGUAUCAACUUGGUGCUUACUAUCCUUUCUUUAGAGGGCAUGCCCAUCAAGACACGAGAAGACGAGAGCCUUGGUUGUUUGGUGAACGAAAUAGAGAACUGAUGAGAGAUGCCAUACGUGUUCGUUACACGUUACUUCCAUACUUUUACACAUUGUUCAGAGAGGCAAAUGUUAGUGGUGUUCCUGUUUUACGUCCAUUAUGGAUGGAGUUCCCAUUUGAUGAAGCAGCUUUCAGCAAUGAUGAAGCUUUCAUGCUUGGGAACAGUCUUUUAGUACAGGGAGUCUAUAGUGAGAGGGCUAAACAUGCAUUUGUAUAUUUGCCUGCGAAGGAAUCCUGGUAUGACCUUAGAACAGGAACAGCAUAUACGGGGGGAGAGAUCCAUAAGCUUGAAGUUUCAGAAGAGAGCAUUCCUGCUUUCCAAAGAGCUGGCACUAUUGUUCCAAGAAAAGACCGGUUCCGUAGAAGCUCCACACAAAUGGUGCUUGAUCCUUAUACACUGGUGAUAGCUCUGAACAAUUCCCAAGCAGCUGAAGGCGAACUCUAUAUUGAUGAUGGAAAAAGCUUUGACUUCAUGCACGGGGCUUACAUUCAUCGCCGCUUUGUGUUCUCAAAUGGGCAGCUUACAUCUUUAAAUAUGGCAUCCUCUUCCCUUGGCAGGUCUAGAUUUUCUUCCGACUGCAUUGUUGAGCGGAUCAUUCUUCUCGGAUAUACCCCUGGGCCAAAAAGCGCUCUUGUUGAACCCGGAAAUCGUAAGGCUGAAAUUGAACUUGGUCCACUUCGGCUAGGGGGGCGUGGUGGUGCUGCUGUAACCAUCCGCAAGCCUGGUGUCAGGGUUGCUGAAGAUUGGACAAUAAAAAUUUUGUAGUAUACGGUAGUCCAUGACUUUCUAAUGUUAACAAAAGAAAGUUACCCUUGUAAUUGUUAAGUAUAGUGAAGAAAAGAGGAAAUAACAUUCGUACCUGCAAUUUACAUAAUGCGAAGAACUGUAGUUUCGAUCACUUUGAUUCUUGGGCUGCCAUUCCUGACAAAUUUUACUUGACAGCACACCCAACCGUUUACAAUGGAUCUCCUCAUGGGUCAGGUUGGGUUCAUGUCGGAUCUGGCAUUAUAUUUCAACAUUUUAAUUAA